AUGAGGGAAAGUCGAUAGAAUUGGAACUAAUAUGUAAUUCUUAUAAAUAAUUUCUAGGAAGAUUAAUAAUUAUAAGAAUUACAUCAAAUUUAUGGUGAAUAGUGGAAAAAGAUAGCAGAAUUGCUACAUUUACAAUAUAAAUCAUAAGGUAAGAUAAGAAGUGCAGCUGCUUGUAGAGAAAGAUAUCAAAAUAUUCUAAAACCUACUUUAAAUAAAAAUUAAUGGACAAGAGAAGAGGAAAUAAAAUUGUUUUCUCUAUAAAAAUUAUAUGGUAAUUGUUGGACUAAAAUUACAGAAAAGAUGAAAAAUCGUUCAGAAUUAAUAUGUAAAAACUAUUUCUAUGCAACAAUCAGGAGAGUAUUGAGAAGAUUGUGUAAGUAGGUUGGCAUUAUAAAACGUAAUUAUAAAUAUUUAAUGAUUAAGCUUCUUUAAUGUUAAAAUCCAUAAAGCCAAGUGUCUUAAUGAGUAUAUAUAUGGAAAAUAAUCAAGAAAUCUAAUUGGUUUUUAAAGAGGAAGUUCGUUGUUAAUUAAACUAAUUGAUAACUAAAUAUUAGUUCAUUCAAAAAGAAGAAAAUAUUAAAAUAGAUAAUGACGAAAUUCAAAAUAUACGAUAAUUGAUUCAAGAAUUAGUUAAUGCUAAGUAAUGAUUUAAAAUAUUAUUUAGUAGUUAAUAUUUAGAGUCAAAAAGUGAAGUUCUAUUGUUAAGAAAAAAUAAAACGAAUAUACUGAUGAUUAAUUAGGAUUAGAUGUAGAUGGAAAAAGAAACUAUUCUUAAAAGAAUUAGACUAUAAUAAAACAUAUUUAUCAUAAGAUAACCAAAUUUUAACCAUUAAAAAUAAUAAAAGGAAGAAAUUAAGAAAAACAGCUCCAUUAAUGAAAAUAAUAAUUAUUAAUAAUUAAUUCCUAUUUAAAAUACAUAAAUUAAUGAAAACUAAUUUUAAAACUAAGAGAACUUUAAUUUAUAUUAAACAUAAGCAUAUUUUUAAAAUUAUAUGGAUUAUUCUAAAUAUGUUUCAUAAUAUUAUUAAUAAUUAGGAAAUUAUUAUAGUUCAUAUUAGUAUUAAUAUAAUCAAUACAAUAAUUAUCUAUUGUAAUAGAGAUAUUGA